GCAUUUGCAUUGAAUUGAGAAGUCAUGUCUGGUCGAGGUAAAGGAGGCAAGGGUCUUGGAAAGGGGGGUGCCAAAAGGCAUCGUAAAGUUCUUCGUGAUAACAUCCAGGGUAUUACAAAACCCGCAAUCAGGCGUUUAGCUAGACGUGGCGGAGUCAAACGUAUUUCUGGUUUGAUUUACGAAGAGACUCGAGGUGUGCUCAAAGUUUUCUUGGAAAAUGUCAUUCGAGAUGCUGUCACCUACACCGAGCAUGCUAAAAGGAAAACUGUCACUGCUAUGGAUGUUGUGUAUGCCCUAAAGAGGCAAGGACGUACCUUGUACGGUUUCGGAGCUUUUUUUGGAGCUGCUUUUUUGGGUGAUUUUAAUUUCUUGGGCUUGGGAGCUUUUGGCUUUGUAGCCUUUGCCUUCUUAGGAGAUUUGGGUUUGGCUACUUUUUUAGCCCCAGCAGUGGCUUUCUUAGCAGCAGCAGGCUUCUUCUUUUUCUCUGCUUUUUCCUUCGGCUUGGCCGUUUUCUUAGCAGGGGCUUUUGCUUUCUUUGGAGAAGCAGCUCCUUCCUUUUUAGGCUUUUUCACGAUUUUCUUUGGCUCCUUGUCAGUCAUGGCACGUACCAAGCAGACCGCUCGUAAGAGUACUGGAGGUAAAGCCCCCAGGAAACAACUGGCUACUAAGGCCGCUCGUAAGAGCGCCCCAGCCACUGGAGGUGUUAAGAAGCCCCAUCGUUACAGGCCCGGAACUGUUGCUUUGAGAGAAAUCCGUCGUUAUCAAAAAUCCACUGAGCUCUUGAUCCGAAAAUUGCCAUUCCAGCGUUUGGUUAGAGAAAUCGCUCAGGACUUCAAAACUGAUCUCCGAUUCCAGAGUUCUGCUGUUAUGGCUCUCCAGGAAGCUAGCGAAGCUUAUUUAGUAGGCUUGUUCGAAGAUACUAACUUGUGCGCUAUCCACGCCAAGAGAGUAACUAUCAUGCCUAAGGACAUUCAGCUCGCUAGACGAAUUAGGGGUGAACGUUGCAGCCCCAUACAGGACAUGCAUAAGUUAGUACUGGACGCAAUCAUGUCUGGUCGAGGUAAAGGAGGCAAGGGUCUUGGAAAGGGGGGUGCCAAAAGGCAUCGUAAAGUUCUUCGUGAUAACAUCCAGGGUAUUACAAAACCCGCAAUCAGGCGUUUAGCUAGACGUGGCGGAGUCAAACGUAUUUCUGGUUUGAUUUACGAAGAGACUCGAGGUGUGCUCAAAGUUUUCUUGGAAAAUGUCAUUCGAGAUGCUGUCACCUACACCGAGCAUGCUAAAAGGAAAACUGUCACUGCUAUGGAUGUUGUGUAUGCCCUAAAGAGGCAAGGACGUACCUUGUACGGUUUCGGAGGUUAAGCAAAAGUUCA